AUGGUUCUAUUUCUCAUCGCAUUCUCAGCUCUCUUUGUGUUUUACCUCUUCCACCUUUCCAAGUUCAAAAGAUAUUUGCUGACCAAAACGCACCUCCCUCUACCACCGGGACCUGCCGGACUUCCUAUAAUUGGAAACCUGCAUCAGCUCGAAACCUCCAACCUCUCAGACCACCUAUGGCGUCUCUCAAAAGAUUAUGGUCCAUUAAUGUCCUUGCGCCUUGGUCACGUCCAAACCCUCGUCGUUUCUUCUGCUGAAAUGGCUAAAGAAAUCUUGAAAACCCAUGAUUUGGUUUUCUGCACGAGGCCUGUAUUAACUGGCCAGCAGAAGCUUUCUUACAACAAUAAAGAUGUAGCUUUGUCACCAUAUAGUGAGUACUGGAGACAGAUGAAAAAGAUUUGCACCCUUCAUCUCUUUUCAGCCAAGCAAGUGAACUCGUUUCGUUCGGUUCGCGAAGAAGAAGUGUUUGACAUGAUUGAUACCAUAAAAUCUCGAAUUGCGACCAAACAAGUGGUGAAUUUGAGUGAGACUGUGACUAUUCUCACGAGUAAUAUGAUUUCUAGGGUGGCAUUUGGCAAGAGAACGUAUGGGUACAUUGACGAGCAGAAAGAAGUGAAGCGAUUUCAGGAGCUACUCAUGGAGUGUCAAGCUUUGCUUGCCAAAUUUUACUACAGAGAUCAUUUUCCUUUGAUGGGGUGGCUAGAUAAACUCAAUGGAAGCAUUGAUCGACUUGAAAAGAAUUUUAACGACCUGGAUGAAAUCUAUCAAGAACUUAUUGACGAGCAUCUGAACCCGAACAGGCCAAACAAAACGCAAGACGAUAUGGUCGACAUUUUGCUUAAGGUCAAGCAAGAGUACUCAAAUUCCGGGAUGGAACUCACUUUUGAUCACAUCAAAGCUGUGCUCAUGAACAUCUUGUUUGGUGGCACAGAAACAAGUGCUUCAGCAGUGGUUUGGGCGAUGACUUUACUGAUCAAGAAUCCUAAAUCUUUAAAGAAAGCUCAACAAGAAGUUAGGAAUGUGAUGGGCAACAAAGGAAAAGUACAGGAAGAUGAUCUUCAAAAGCUCUACUAUCUGAAAGCAGUAAUCAAAGAAACACUUAGAUUGUACCCAGUUGCACCCCUCUUAGUCCCACGAGAAUCAAGAGACCGAUGCAUUUUGGACAGAUACGAGAUUCCAAAGGGAACUCUGGUGUACGUGAAUGCAUGGGCAGUUGGGAGAGACCCUAAAUGUUGGGAAAACCCUGAAGAGUUCGAGCCAGAAAGGUUCAUGGGUAGUAGUAUUGAUUACAAAGGAAUGGAUUUCGAGUUGAUCCCAUUUGGAUCUGGUCGAAGAGGGUGUCCAGGGAUGUUACUAGGAGCUACGACCGUGGAGCUAACCCUCUCCAAUCUUGUUUACUCAUUUGACUGGGAAUUGCCGGAUGGGACGACAGAGAUCGAUACAUUGACUACUCCUGGGACUGUUUCUCAUAAGAAGACUGCUCUUCGACUGGUGGCUAAUGUUCAUGAUUAUGAUCGGUUGGGCUUCGAAGCUUUCUAGUGGUUUUGUUGAUCCUUUUUCAAAGUGUUGUGAACGAUAUGAGAUUGAAGGUUGAUUUGAUAUUCGAUAUAUGAAAUGAAGCAGAUGAAGAUCGUGAUGGAAUGAAUUGAAUCAGCCGUCCAGCGUUUGUAUUUGAUUAUCGAUUGGAAAGAAGUGACAAAUGAUAUAAGAGAAUAACAAAGCCAACUUGUGUUAACAAUGUUUAAAUUCACAAAUUUAACGGAAACCAUGUAAUGCAUAUUUAUAUAUCUUUCUUGAAGGAAAGAGAUGUACAACCGCAAC